AUGUUUGGCGCUCAAGUGAUCAAGCAACAUGAAACAUACCUAGGUCUUCCCUCCCUAAUUGGAAGAUCAAAAUCCAAUUCCUUUGCUCAAUUGAAAUCCAAGGUGACUAACAAACUGUCUGGCUGGAAAGAGAAACUCCUCUCGACUGCCGGAAAAGAGGUUCUCAUCAAGGCCGUGGCCCAAGCGGUCCCAUCCUAUACUAUAAGCUGUUUUAAGCUCCCGGAUAACCUUUGUGACGACCUUACCAGCAUGAUAAGACAGUUUUGGUGGGGCCAAAGAAAGAACGAAAAGAAGUUGGCCUGGGUAAGUUGGGAACGACUAUGUCAACCAAAGGAAAACGGUGGGAUGGGCUUUAGAGACUUGAAGAGUUUCAACAAGGCUCUCUUAGCAAAACAAGGGUGGAGGUUGCUGACCAACACCCAGUCUCUUUUCUCAAGGGUUUUCAAAGCGAAGUAUUUCCCGGAUUGUGAUUUCACUGAUGCAUCCAUUGGUAAUCACCCGUCUUUUGCUUGGCGAAGCAUAAUGUCUGCCCAAUCAGUGGUUAAGAAGGGGAUUAGGUGA